CCUUGAUAAGAGAAACUAAGGGAGGUUGAUUGAUUUUGUCAACAUCUCCGUUGCUUCUCAGAUAAACAAAAGCACAAUUUGCAAGAAAAAAUACCUUCAAACAGGCAAUCAUUACCUCCAUAGUUGCAAGUAGGAAAAACGUGAAGACUUCUGUGACCAGUGAAGAAGCACAACCUAACAAAAUAAGGCGAGCCUCAAGACCUAGAAGCGAGAGCUCAGAAACUACAGGUUUCCUGUAUCCGCACAUUUACUUUUGGAUGCCAGAUAUUGAAUACUGUACAUAUUUGCGCAAAGCUUGCGCUGGACGAUUCUCGUGGCCAUCACCAAACUGACACUGCUCUGCGCGCUCCCUGCAACAACGUACCUAUCUACAGGCUAGCCCAAAACAUAUCAACAACUGGUCGUUACAUAAUGGCUUUCCAGUAUGAAUACGCAGUAGUCAGCCAAAUACCAAAGUCAUUUGAAGAGUUUCUGACAUCUCCAGAUGCAAAUAUACAGUCAAAAAAAGUGGAAAGUUCAAUUACGAAGAGGCAUGUAGUGAAAGGGAGAAAUUUGUCGAAGCAUUAAGACAGAAUGGUGUUGAUGUUCUUGAAAUGGAAGCAGAUGAACGCCAUCCUGAAUGUGUCAAGGUAGACGAUACAGCUGUUAUUAUAAAUGGGACAGCGCUAAUGUGCAAUCCGUAUCGUUGUCAUAGACAAGGAGAAGUCAAUCUAAUUCGUCACACUCUUAAAAAAGAACUGGGGAUUAAAAUUGUUGAGCUUAAUACAGAAAAUGCUCAGGUUGAAGGAAGUGAUGUUCUUUUCACAGGUCAAGAGAUUAUUGUCGGCAUAUCAGCGCAUACAAAUGAAGCUGGUGCUCAUGCUGUCGCGCGUGCAUUCCCUGAAUAUGCCACUUCCAUUGUAAAGCUGCCUCAAGCCUAUCGCUCGUUAAAAGAUGCUGUCGGUGUCGCUGGAAUCAAUGUAUUGGCAGUGGGUGAAAGUGAACCGGCUAAACAAUUAUUAAAGGAAAUUGGUCGUGUCGCUUCACACACCUAUAAGGUGAUAACCCUACCGGAGGAUCACGCUGCCAACGUGUUGUACAUCAAUCAUCAUCUGCUUCAUUUAUCUUCACAAAUGAUACCGAAAAGUAUUGGAAUUUUCGAGAAUAAAAUCAAUUAUUACCGAAGUCAAGUACAUAUUCCUGAGUUGUACAAUUGUGGUGUCCCGCUAUCAAAACUCGCUUUGUUUGCUGGACCGUUUGGACGUCAAAAAAAUAUUAUUUCAACAAUUCCUUAACCCAAAAACUGAAAAGAAAAUUGACAAUUUUUGCAUAAAACAACUUGUAUCUUGCUUGCUUACAUUGUAAUGUGUAUGAUUUUUUGCCAGUCGUUUGUAUCUUUACAAAUUCAUAUGAUAUGCUUAAUGGCGGAGCAGGGGUCGUCAGUCGAGUAUACCACUGAGGUAUUUCAGUUAGACAAAAUGGAUUAAAAUGGUCUCGUAUUUUGCUUGUAUAUCCGUUUUCGACAUUGUCUUCGCAAAUAUGUAACUGUAUGGAUAUUUAUGCGCCUUCUUUACUAUUUAUUUUUAUGUCUUUCAUGUUAUUUCAGUGAACUUCAGAAGUGGUUUGUCAGCUGCGGAUGUACACCUACCCGAGAUUUGAACGUCACCAUCACAUACACUCACAGAGCUUCAAAUGUCAAAGG